AUGGAGGAUUACAGCAUCUUGAAAAAGCAAGAGCGCCAGUUGCGGGCUUCCAUGAAGGGUGUCGCCAAUUUUGUCAGAGAUUACAAGCCAGAGCUGCAUGAGAGCCAAUUAGAAGUCAGAUUGAGUCUGUUAGAGUCGACGAUCAAGAAAUACUACCUGGUAAGACAAAAAAUCGAAGUACAUUUGGAUGUAGCAGACAGUGAUGGUGAGAAAGAGGAUGCAAAGGAGUCAGAGGCUGCCAAGAAACGGAGAUUGCAGAAGCAGGCUGUGGAGCGCGAAGCCAAAUUCGACGAGGAAACUCUGGAGGUCGAAGAGCAGUACUGCACCCUGAAAGCAGCACUCCUUGCGUUGCGUCCUAGGAAGGUUGAGGUCUUAAGUGCGUCUGGGUCUGCAGAACGAGCUGAUACCAUAUCCCGUGUCAAGCUUCCGGAUAUCAAGCUGCCAGUUUUCGACGGAAAACUUCGAGAUUGGAUUCCGUUCCGGGAUAUGUUUGACAGCUUGAUCCACAACAACCAUCAGCUCUCCGAUAUCGAUAAGUUUACUUAUCUGCGGUCAGCAAUAAGCGGAGAAGCGCUCCAGGAGAUCAGCUCCAUUGAACUGUCUGCUGAUAACUACCAGGUAGCCUGCGACAUGUUGGAAAAGAGAUACGAGAACAAAAAGUUGAUCGUGAAGGCGUAUUUGGACGCGCUGUUUGGUAUCGAGCCUCUGAAGAAGGAAAGCGGUGAAGCUCUGAACCGCCUGGUCAGUGAUUUCGAUCGAAACAUCCAGAUGCUGGGCAAGAUAGGUGAGGAUACCGAAAAGUGGUCGACUAUUCUCGCUUAUAUGGUCUGCUCUCGCCUUGAUUCGGUCACACUUCGUCAGUGGGAGAGUCACCACAAUUCAAAAGAUGUUCCGACAUACCAGAAAGUAAUGGACUUUCUGAGGGAUCAGGCAUUGGUUCUGCAAUCGAUAGCACCGAGAAGGUCAGAGGACAUCGAGAGUUGUCGUCAACGUACAACAGUACACACCGUAUCGAGAUUCCAGAACAACUGUUUGUUCUGUGGAAGUUCGUUUCACUCAGCUUCUGCGUGCAGCAAGUUCAGAGCGAUGUCAGUGCCCCAGCGUUUCGGAGUGGUUAAAAUGAAGCGGCUCUGCAUCAAUUGUUUGGGUUCCGGUCACUUUGCGGAUCGUUGUAGCAGAGGACCAUGUCGUGAGUGCAACAGAAAGCACCAUUCGAUGUUGCACAAAAGUUUUAACAGUUUUUCGAGUCAGAGCUCCGUUUCACAAAACCAGUCGACAGUCAACAGUCAAUCGUUUCAUAAUGAAAAUCUUCCAGGACCUUCUGGGCAAGGUCAUGAACACAAUUCGAUUAGACAGAAUCAACAAAGUCAACCCUCGCACACAAAUCCUCAAGCACAUGAGAAUUCCACUAAUUCCUACCCUAUAAUACAAACACGUAUUCGCCACACUCAACCACAACACACCACAGACAAUUCUUUUACUUUUAAUGCGGCACCAAGGCCGAAAAGCGCUAAAUUUCGUUCGCCUCGAGUUUUGAUGUCAACCGCUGUAGUGCGUGUUGAAGAUCGUUUUGGUAAUCAUUCGUUUGCGAGAACACUAUUGGAUUCGUGUUCUGAAUAUUGCUAUGUUACGAAAAGCUUUGCGAAAAGAUUGAAUCUCCGAAGAAGUCGGAAUGUUUUGAGAGUCCAAGGUAUUGGAAAUGAGUCAGCUAAAUCGAUUGAGUCAGUUGAGGCAAGAAUUCGGCCUCGUGUGUCAGAGAUUUCUUCAUUUUCGGAAGAUAUGAGUUUCCAUGUGUUGCCAAAGAUCACGAGUAAUCUGCCCACCACCAAAGUAUCGCUCAAUGGGAUCAAGAUUCCUCAUAAUUUGGCAUUGGCGGACCCUGAGUUUUGGAGCCCGGGUCCGAUUGAUAUGAUUAUUGGGGCAGAAUACUUCUGCAAUUUGUUGCGUUCAGGUAAAGUUUCGGACGCUGGUCCAACCCUGCAAGAAACUGAGUUAGGAUGGGUUGUUUCCGGAAGAGUUCCGGAUUGCUCCGUUUAA